GUUACUUUCUUCGUCAUGGAGCUGUCUCUUGUCACGCUGGCGCCAUUUCCAGGCAGUCGUACUACUCGUAGCAAAUGCCGCCGUCGCAGGGCGCUUGUCUCGAAUGCGAUCAAGAGCCCGCCUCCUCUGGUCGUGCAGCUCUCGGUGGGAGUGUUCGCGCUGGGAUUCCUUGACGCCGGGUAUAGUGGCGACUGGUCGCGAAUCGGUGUGCUAUCCAAAGGCAGCGAGGCAGUCAUUCGCGACGCCGCAUUCGCUGUUGUGCCACUGUGCCUGGCGAUAAUCUUGUGGAUCGGGAAAACAAAUGAAAAGCCCUAAAACAGAGCACUAAAGCCCUAA